UUGAUUAUUAACGUAAUACAGAGUCUCUGACAUAAGAUACAAGAUGCAUUUCUCCAUACCAGAGACACAGGAGCAACAGGAUGGGAAUGGCACAACAUUCACGACGUUUAACAUUCAUAUCAAUGGAAUGUUUCACUGUUCUGUUCGCUACAGUGUGCUACAUACAUUUCAUGAACAAUUGAAAAAAGAAUUUGGUGCCAAUCAACUUCCACAUUUUCCACCCAAGAAGCUCUUCCCUCUGUCUCCACUAAAACUGGAUGAGAGAAGGAUACUGCUUGAGAAAUUUGUACAAAUUGUAAGCCAAGAUCCAAAGAUUGCCAACAGUGAUGUGUUCAAUGGAUUUCUUCUCAGUGCUCAACAGGAAACUCAAAAGGAAGCAUCAGAAGAUGUGACGCUGGAUGUGUAUUUGAUGAAUGGCCACAAGAUCACGAUAAACAUUAAGUCAACAGAUCAGACAGAUGAUGUCCUAGAGGCUGUGGCAUCCCAGAUAGAACUACCAGAUGACUAUGUUUACUAUUUUGGUCUUUUCCUUGUGCAGAAGGAAGUCGCAGGAGAUAACUCUAUUGUCAGAAAAUUACAAGAAUUUGAAUCUCCAUUCAUCUCAUUGAAAUAUGCAAACAAGUCGGGUACACAUCGAAUAGUCUUCAGAAAAAGUUUUUGGGACUUAUCAUACGAAGAUGACCUUCUGGAGAACAAAAUUUCCAUGAAUCUUCUGUAUGUGCAGGCUGUUAAUGAUAUAGAAAGACACUGGACACUUGGCAGUAAAGACCAACUUAAGCAUUUGUCGUCUCUACAAAGUAAAGGAUCAAAGCGUGAGUAUUUACGACUGGCAAGGACUCUGAAAUAUUAUGGCCACCUGCAGUUCAAGCCAUGCGUAACAGACUACCCUAAUCCAAACUCACGGGCUGUUGUGUCUGUCGGAAAUAGAGAAAUGAACUUCAGGAUACAGACAGCACCUAACGUGAUAAAGGAAGGCAAUUUCCGCAUUACCAGAAUGAGGUGUUGGAGGAUCACCACUUGUUUAAGUGACAGUAAAGAGGAGAUUAAAAAUCCGUCUAGUCCGCGUCUGGAACUUGCAUUUGAGUACCUUAUGGCUAAGGACUCCUUAAAGUGGAUCACCAUCACGAGUGAUCAGGCUAUUUUGAUGAGUAUGUGUUUACAGUCUGUCGUGGAUGAAUUGAUCAGAAAGAAACAAGGCAAGAAAAUCAAACGACCACAAGAUAGAAACAAGACAGUAUCUGCCAUCCGCCCUCUGCAGCGAGGAGACAGCUAUGCUGGAGCAUUGAGUCGACAAACUUCUCUCCCAAGUCCUAUAGAGGAGACUCCAAAGAGUAACGGACAAAGUGUUAUAGAAAACAAUGCAUUUGACACAAUAGGGGACGAUGAUUUAUGAGAGAAGAGCUGUGUUAA